AUGAAGUGGAUUAAUAUCUUUAUUUUGCAAGUCAUGAUCCAGCCAUGUCUUCAGGUCAUGUUAACCACCACUGCGGAGCGGACCUCAUAUAAGGCCGAGUUGGGAAGAAAUGUGAUAAUGGGCUGUAGGUUCUUCCCUUUGUCUCAGCAUCCCUACGAAGACUUGACGGUGUCUUGGCACUGGACCUCACUGGCUCGGUCUCGAGAAGUGUACCAGAUGGAAAAAGGACAGGAGUUGAACUCCUCCCAGCAUUCGGACUUCCGAGGUCGCGCCAGGCUGCUCACCGAACGGAUUAAAGAUGGCUGGGCGAAGUUGCAGGUAACCAGGCUUUGCAUUAAUGACACGGGAACCUACCAAUGUAAAAUAAGAACAACAAACGGAGCUGACUAUAAGGAUAUUAAGUUAACAGUGACUGCACCUUUCAAAAAAGUGACCAAAGACAUUUUUAAAUCAGCAAAAGAGGAUAAGCUUGUGCUAACCUGUCAGUCUGAGGGCUAUCCAAUAUCUAAGGUCACCUGGGGAGACAAUCACCAGCAAAGACUCAACGCCAGCACCACCGUUGUGGUGACGGAAGACGGCCUCUUCAGAAUCACCACUCAGAUACGGGUGGCAUCAUCGCAGAAAAACAACUACACGUGUAGCUUUAACAGUAGCGGAUCUUCUAGGUCUUUUUUCAUUCCAGAAGACACACAACUACAGAAAGGGAACCAACGCAAGGUAGCUGUAAUUAUUGCAGCAGUAGGCGCAAUUAUUAGACUUGCACUAAUUGGCUUAUUGAUAGUGCUAAUUUACCUGCACCAAAAAGGCUUUGGAAGGAAUAUGGAGCCCGACUGGGCUUCAAGGACCAGACGGAUAUUCAAGUUACCAGAACCAACCUCGAACUCGAGGGCGGAGCGAGUGUAA